UCUCGCUGCUACUAGGCCGCUGACACCCCGUACGGUCGACGCUCGCGUGAUAUCGUUAAAAAAUUACAACGGUGAUACAUAAUGUAUAUCUCAUGGCCUUAUACUGCCCUAGCUUAAUUUAUUUUAGGCCAUCUUUACGUUGACAUUUAGUGGCAUGCGUACGGUAUGAUAGUCACAUAACCAUCUCGUAAAACAACAUAUCAGUGAAUAAAAUUCAUUGAUGAAAGAGUUUUCUGAAAAAAACCACAGUUUCUUUCUCCAUGGAGCAGCUUUAGGACAUCUUGACGUAUCAAAUAAUUUGCUUCUACUGGGAAAAUGACUACAUUUUCAUAACAGCCUGCUAUGCAUAUGCUCAUGCUGUAAUUUUUCUGUUUCACAAAUUCUCUAUUCAAGUUUUUGCCCUGUAAAAGUGAGUAAAUAUUACCUGGUCACAUUUCUCUAUUGCCGUUUUAAAUGUAGGUAAUGAAAAAGGCUGCGAAGUGGUUGAAGUCAAAGAAGAGAGAAGCCGAGGCAGCGUUUCAGCAGGAGCAAAUGGAAGCACUGUUUGCCACAACUGGCCAUAGUGAAACAGACUGGAAAGAUGAGUCCAAGCGGGUGGACCAGGAAAAUAGCCUGCUGAAAGCGACAAAUGAGCAGCUCCAAACUGAAAAUGAAAACCUCAACAAACGAGUGGAAAUGCUUGAAAAAGCAUUGUGUAGCAAGAUUUUUAGGGCAGGUUUGCAUUUUAUAGCAGCUUUUAUUCCAUUUGCAACGGUAAACUUUUAUUGCUAGCUACUAAGAUGCACAUAUUUGGCUGUUGUUUGUCAUCUCUUUCAGUUAUACUGAACACAUGUGGUAUGUGAAUGUCGAAAGUUGUUCAGCAAAAACAGUUAUUUUCCAUUGAGUACCACCAUGUGUUUCUUUGCACAGAAAACCGCAUGCUGUCUCGGGAGCAUCAACCCGGCUCCUGCACAACAGUGGUUGCGAAAUACUCCGCACACAAGAAAACACCACAGGUACAGGUUUCCCCUGAGGGAGCAGAGCAUGUAUCACCUGCUGCACCCACAAUUGAACAGUCAUCACCCACCAGGCCACAGUCUGCAGCAGAGGCCGAAGCAAGCUGGGAGGGUGCUGAUAGCGAGAUGGUGGAAGGUACAAAGCUGUAUUCACCGAUUGGGAACGAGGUGUUCCUGGGUAGCGGCGUGUGGCUGCAGAAGUCAAUCUAUGGACAUUUGAUGCAGCGCCCAAAAGAUGGCAUUUUUGUUCGUGAGGCCAGCGUGCAAGUAUAUUCGACUGCCGGCCUCAUGAACAGAAGUGUCACUGGCGCUGCAUCAAAUAGGACAAAAACGGAGGCCAAGCCACCCUUGGAUGCAAUAAAAUAUGAUGUUCUGAAAGCAUUUUUCAGGCACUACCUUGAGCGCCGAUGCAGCAACGUGCAAGAAAUUGCAACAAGACAAAGUUGCCUUGGCAAAGUAGUCGCCUGCAAGAUCCCAUAUAUUAUGAAAGGCCAUAAGAAACAUAUGUAAUUUUGAUAUGGAGAAUAUAUUGUACAUAUAUAUGCCUCAA